GUACCGGUAAGAAAGCUAGCACUGCUUGGGAUCCAGGAUAUAAGCGUCAGCAGCGAACGUGUAACUCCAGCCCCAACUGCCUCGCUCAACUGACCGUGUCCACCAGCAACGAUGUCCCAAACCCCCGCUGUGCUCGUAUCCGCGAAGCUGAACCACGCUUCUCGUGUCAAGGAUGCCUUCGACGAGCUGAAUAAAUACGCGGCCUCUCCGAAGCACGGUGCGACCCUCGAGCAGAUCAAGGCUGUACACCAAGUUCGCAAGGCCCACCCGCCCCAGAAGGGCACUGUCGCAGAAGACGAUCUCGUCAGCAGGUUGAUUAACGACCCUGACCACCAUGACCUCUGGUUUAAUCAGCUAUUGGGAAACUCGUUUUGCAAGGAGAUGGGUACGACAGGCCCCAAUGACUCCGGCGCAGCUGCGCUCUUGAAAGGUUUCCAAGCCUACAUGGUGCAAAUCUACAAGCUACUGGAUCGCACUUACGGAGCUUCAGGCACUUGA